UCUCAGGGUUCUUCCCCACGGUAAUUUAAUAAAAUCACAGUACAAAAACAAUAAGGUUAGGGUAGAUAAGACAACAGUACACAAUAAUUUUUAAAACAAUUCCCAGAUUCAAAUUUCCCAACCGCUUUCUUCAGGAACGAGUACCAAUGAGUUAUAAAUCAGAAUGCUGAGACGAAUUUCUACUUCAAACUCUACACUUAAAGAUAAUAAAUCUUUAGGAGCCCCAUUCCAACCUGAAGUUCGACAUGAACAUAAAUUAUCAUCAUCCUCUUUUUCGUCAAAUUACUCUCCAAUAACUCCAGAUGUUAAAUUCACACACCUGCCAAGAAUAUCUCUCCAUAGUCCAAAGUUCACAAGGUACUCACCUUCAUCAUAUAAAAAUGUUCCAAGUUCAGAAAGAUUACCAAGUCCUACAUUGAAGUUGACUGAUGAUAAUUCAAUUUCUGAUCAACCAGAAUUACUUAAAGAUACUCACAUUAGUAUACCAAAUGAAAUAAUAAUGCCAUCAAAAGUUAAUGAACCAUCUACUCCAAGAAUCUCAUUAGUAUUUCCAUCUAGAGAUCAACAACAACAUCUCAUUAAACUCGCAACUGCAAAUAAAAGGAAUGGAUUUCAAUAUCCUCCUUCUCCUGAAAGUACAGAAGAGAGUCCACAAUCUAGUUCACAAUCAUCAAGAGAUAGUUUUGUUAGUGCAGAUGAUACGGCUAUAGAGGAACCCACAACAGCCAUAUCAAAACCAGAUCAAUUGAACAAUAAUAAUAAUUUUGCAGCAUCUAAACUUAAACAAACAUUUUCUGAAAAUAAUGAAUCUCCAACAACUCCUUCAACAUUGUCAUUCCCAAUUGAUACUCAUGAAGAUGAAACUCCAGUUUUAUCAAAUACAAAAGAGUUCUUAAACAAUUCCAAAUCAGUAAAAACUCCAAAUAACCAACUUGUAAAUGUGCAUUCAUACGCAGGGUCAAAUAGUGAUGGAAAAGUAAUAACUAACAUAAAUUCAGCAACAUUAAAAGAGUCUGAAAAUCUUCGUCAUAUCACUACAACUCCUAAUAUUCAUGAUGUUUCUUCUGAAGAUGAAAGUAAUAGUCCUAGUGAAACUGUAUUAUCACGUUCCAGUAUAAUCAGCAGGGCAAACUCCUUGAAGGAUAAAUUGAAACGAUUUUCUCUGGGUGUAGUAUCUACUUCAUCGACUAAACUUUCUGAUUUCCAAACCCUUGUUAGAGUCAAGUCUAAUACAAUUAGUAGAAGAAGUUCAUUAUCAAGUUUAAGAAGAAGUUCCUUUACAGAAAUUAGAUCCGUCAUCAACAACACUUUCAAUAAUUCUCAACAUGAAUCUACUUCCGAUUCAAGUUCUUUAAAAUCUACUUCAGAACCAAUUAGAGUAAACACGAUUUCCAAUAUUCCGGCCAAUUUUUGGAAAUAUCACAUUACAAAACAUGGAAAGGAUUUCUAUGUUAGCACUAAUCCCACUUUGAAACAUAUUCACUGUAGAUCAGCCCCUAGCUUUUUCGUUGAAGUUAUCCAACCAGAAAGUAGACUGAAACAAUCAGCUGCAAAAAAAGGAUUUACCUUGGUAUUUAAAUCUUUGCAACAAUCAUCAACAUCUUUGAAUAUGGUUAUUACAAAAAGGGAUGAACAAGAAGGUGAUCAUUAUACAAUUGCUGUACCACUUUUAACCCCAAGUUCUGCACCAGUUAGUCCCCAUAUUGGUAGUUUGAACUCAUCUCCAAUUUCCAAACCCAAAUCCUUAUCAACGCCUAAAUCUAAUUCUUUAUUAGGUUCAUUAUAUAGCCCAGUUCAAAGUAAUGGAAAUUCAAAUGGACAUAGUAUGAAACUGGUUGUGUUUAAUGGUUUAGCAUUACCUAAACAGUUGAGUACAAAUGUUCCUUCGUGGUUUAAAAACUAUGAAUUUAAAGAUUUAGCUAAUAAUCGUUGGAAUGUGGGAUCAGUUUUAGAUGGUCAUGAUAAUAAAUCCAAUUUAUACUUUCAUAAGACUUAUAUUGAAAAAAUUCUUGGAAAUCAAUUAGUCCCAUCCCAUACCGUCUCAUAUCCAAGAGAAGAAUCUCCAAAGAAUGCCUCUACUAUUGGUGUAUUUCGUCCUAACCAAAAAAGGAAACUUAAACUUAGUUCAUUGUAUAUUGGCAAACCCAAAGUGUUAUCAUUUCAUGAUAUUCUUAAUCAUGAUAAAAAGAUUCAGUCAGCUAUACAAGAUACUUCGAAAGCUAAUGGUCAUACCAUGGGUAAAUUAUUUAAUCCAAGCAUCUUAGAUGAUGGAUUACACCAUUCUAUACUGGUUGAUGAUGAACCAACUGAAAACAAAUUUGGAUGGAUCACCGUAUAUGACAAUAAUGAAUUAAUCAAAGACUCUGGUAGUGACAAUAGAGAUGUUUUAAAUAUGGUCAUGGGAUUGUUAUUUGCUACUGCCUUUGAAAAUAGUUUAACUUUAUAA